CGCCGCCCUCGGCGGCGCGGGGCGCAGCGGCUAGCGGCCUGCUCGGCAGCUUGAAGGCGACGGGCUCGGCACCGGCCUCUGUCUCCAUGGCCUCCUCCAUCUUCCCGAGUCCGCUGCCAAAUAGAGUCCUCCGGAGACCAGAACUGUUGCGGCUGCCGUACCGGGACGGGGAGUGUGCAGCUGCAGUGGGUCACGCCGUUGCGUCAGCCACAGUCCAAGGUAGCCUAAGGAGUAAGGCAAGGAGUGAGGCAGCACCAGCGGAGCCGGGAGCAGCAGCGGAGGCGAUCGCUUCCCUUCUCCCUUCCCAAAGGAACGCUGUUGAUGGGGGAACAGCUUCGGGGGGCGGACCAGGGCCUACUUCCGGGCCGGCGUCCCGGAGCGGGAGGCGGCAGCGCUGCGGGGCGAAGCAGCAAUGUAAUCAGUUAACUGCCAGCUUUGGAGCCCGAAUGCCACUGUGGAAACGGCGCUGCUUGCUGAGGCGCUGAGCAGCAGCUUUCUGUCAGAUAUAAUUUGCUUUAUUCAGAGGAUCACCCCGGCUGCUGUUGCUGUCCAAAAUCUAGCACCUGCCCCUGCGACCAGGCUGCUCUGUACGUCAGCGUUUGUUAGCUGCCGUCCGGCCGCUCAGAACGAUCCGUGACCUGUGUGAAAAUGCUGCGGUACUGGGGGGAGAUCCCGGUUUCGUCUAACCAGGCCAACCGCAGCUCCUUCGAUCUGCUCCAGCGCGAGUUUCGCACUGUGGAAGUCCAAGAUCCUCCGCUGCAUCAGCCAUCUGCAAACAAGCCCCGUCUGACCACCAUGUUGGACAUCCCCUCGGAGCCGUGUAGCCUCACAAUUCACACCAUUCAGCUCAUCCAGCACAACAGGCACCUGCGCAGCCUGAUCGCUAUGGCGCAGGCCCAAAACCAGCAGCAAGCGGAAGGCAUAAAAGCUGAAGAUAAUGAACCUUUGCCACCUCGUCCGGCCUCUCCACCUCUCCCUGAUGACCUGCUUCCUCUGGAUAGCAAGAUCCCCAAAAUGCCAUUUCAGCUAAGGCAUAGUGACCCAGAAAGUGAUUUCUACAGAGGAAAAGGGGAGCCAGUGACUGAGCUGAGUUGGUCCUCCUGCCGGCAGCUUCUCUACCAGUCAAUGGCAACCAUCCUGGCACACACGGGCUUUGAGUGUGCCAAUGAGAGUGUCCUGGAGACUCUGACAGACAUUGCCCAUGAAUACUGCCUGAAGUUCACCAAGCUGCUGCGCUUUGCUGUGGAUCGGGAAGCAAGACUUGGGCACACCCCUUUCCCUGACGUUAUGGAGCAGGUCUUCCAUGAAGUGGGCAUUGGCAGUGUGCUCUCACUGCAGAAGUUCUGGCAACACCGCAUUAAAGAUUAUCACAGCUACAUGCUUCAGGUUAGCAAGCAGCUGUCUGAAGAGUAUGAGAAGAUUGUCAACCCUGAAAAGGCAGCAGAAGACACAAAGCCUGUGAAGAUUAAGGAGGAACCUGUUAGUGAUAUUACCUUCCCCAUAAGUGAGGAACUGGAGGGAGAUCUGGCUUCUGGUGAUCAGUCUUUGCCUGUUGGAGUCCUUGGAGCUCAAAGUGAGCGCUUCUCAGCCAACCUGGAAGUAGAAGCUUCCCCGCAGACUUCAGGGACAGAGGUGAAUGCUUCCCCACUCUGGAACUUGGCACAGGUGAAAAUGGAGCCGCAGGAAAAUGAAGAGGCCAAUGUGCAUGGCCAUGGGGUCCUAGGCAGUGAUGUCUUUGAGGAACCAAUGUCAGGCAUGAGUGAAGCUGGAAUGCCGCAGAGCCCCAAUGGCUCUGAGAGCAGUUACGGUUCUCAUUCUGCUGACAGUCUGAUGGGAUCCUCACCUGUCUUCAACCAGCGCUGCAAGAAAAAGAUGAAGAAGAUGUGAAAAGAGACAGUCUUUUUAUUUAAGCCUGAUGGUAUGUAGUAGACUUGAACUAAGAGAGCACUGUGAUGGCUACAGUUAAUUGACAGGGCUGGCCCUGGUGUGUGAGGGACCUUGUGUAAAAUCAUUGUGAGAUGUAUAUGAUGUAUAGUGCACUUCAGCUCCCCUCUUUUCUGGCUUCUGUAACUCCAUCCUGACUCAUGGUGUCAUAGCUUGCUUUGAUAGGUUAACAAGGAAGUUACUAAUGAAAAGUAGUUGUGAAGAGAUUUGCUGAAUCAUAGAAUCAUUGAAUAAUUUGGGUUGAAUGGACAUGCUGAAUUUUCUAGUCUAGUUCAGCCUCUUGCUUGAAGCACAGCCACUUAGAUCAGGUUGCUCAGGGCCUUGUCCAAUUGAGUUUUGAAUGUCUCCAAGGAUGAUGAUGAUGAUGCCAAAACUCUUUAGAUGUUUUUCCAUAUUUAAGUACUCUCAUAGUAAGAAAAAAUAUAUCCCUGCAUCCAGUUGGAAUUUCCCAUGUUCCAGCUUGUGCUCAUUGCUUCUCUUUUAUUAUUGUACAUCUCUGAGAAGAGAAUGUCUUCUCUAGCUUGCCCAUUAAGUGAUUGUAUAUACAAUGAGAGCCUUUUCUCUUACUAAAUCCAAUGAAACCAAGCUGUCUCAGGCUCUUCUUGAGCACCAUGUGCUCCAGCACCCUAACCAGCUUUGUGGCCUUUCAUUAAAAUUGCUACAGUGCCAUUCUUUUAAGAGUGAGCACAGAAGUGGAUAAAGCCUUCCAGUAUGGUCUCAGAAGUGCUGAAUAGAGAGAAGGUAAAAUUUCCCUCAUUGUAUUGGUUACGUUCUUGCUAACUGUUGCUACCAACAGUCAGGAUAUUUCACUGGUUUGGGAAGUGUUGAUGCCAGCCUCACAAAGACCCUGUACAGUGGCCUCAAAGUGCCAUCCUCCAGCUCCUUCAGAGGCAUCCUGCCUGGUUCCAUGGACUUAGGUAUGGCAGAUUGGCUUAAGUUCUUGCUAACCUCAUCUUCCUCUGCUGUAGGUAACACUCUGCUAGUAGACCAGGGAUCUGGCAGGCCUGAAAGCAGAUGUUACCAGUGAAAACAGGCAAGAAAAGUGUUAAUUAUGCCAGCCUCAAAGUACAAACUGCAUGCUUUGUCGCCAGAGUCAUUGAACAGUAAACCUGUGUUUUCUUUAACCUUUCUUUUAAAAGCUCUUUUCCACAUUUCAUACCAGUUUCAGCUACAACUGAGCUUUGGCUUUCCUAGCCGUCCCUGGACACUGGGUCUGUGUCUGAAUAUGCCUGCAGGCCAAGCCAUCCUCACUCCCACCUCUCUCUACGGUUUUCUGUGUGCUUGAAUUCAGUUGGGAGUUCCUUGAUUGUCUAUUCUCGUCUUCUGUCAUGGUUGCUUUACUUUCUGCUCAUCAGAAAGGGCUGUUCUCCUUUUAGCAGGCUGCUUUUGAAGAAAAGGCAGUACUCUUGGGCCCCUUUAGGAGGCCAAGGCAGUUCUUCCUGGGAUCCUGCCAAGGCAUUUCUUAAAUAAACCAAAUCAUGUUGUCCUAAAGGUGCAGAACUCUCUUUGUCUUGUAGGUGUUUCUCAGGAUUUAAAAAGCCACAAUUCCAUGUGUGCUGCAGCAAACACCUUCACGUUGUCCAGCAAUUCCUUGUUAGUAACAAGUCCAGCGGGACUUCUCUAGUUGAUUUCUUGAUCAUCGAGUCAGGGAAGUUGAUGUGGUUUUGUGGAGUGAAUGAAGCAGCUUUGCUAUUGGUGUGAGCUGGCACUGGCAAUGCAAAGUUUUCCUUUGCUCUCAUUGGAUUGAGUGCAGCAACUUCAGACUGGCUGAGAAAGUUGCUAUCUUGACAGCUUAGUCUGAAAUAUAAUCUGUUUUGCUGCUUCACAGUAUCACAGUAUCAUCUUCCUUUUAUGGCUCAGCAGACUGGUGGUGGUUUUUUUGUUCUGCACAGUCUAGAGUUGAUCAGCUCAGUCUUUAACUUGAUUCAGUGAGUAUCUCUCUCAAAAAAGCUAGAAUGAACAUGAAUCAGGAAUGAACAGCCACUUAAACUGGCUUUCUACCUGUAACCCUUUGGGAUGUUUCAGGGAGAUUUACCCAACCUCCCAUUUGUCCUUACAAUUGUGAGUUUAUCUUUUGAAAGAACGAGCUCCAGGCAUAAUAUUUUUGUUUCUCUAUACCAUGUCUAGCCUUAAGUCUUUUUUUCCCUAACUAUUUCUCUUCUACUUUAUAGAAGUGGAAGGCAAACAUAAAAUUCCUCAAUGUUUACUAAGAAUGUGUGACCACAGGCUUUUGUAGAUAUUUGAGAUAAAAUUGUCCAUCACAGUUGUGAAGGUUUCCCCUGGAGGGUAAAUUCUAUCUCUUUGAAGCCUAGUCAGUAGUAGAGCAGUGGACCAGUCAGUGUAUUAGGAAAUCUUUCUUUUGAUUCUCUCUUAGUUGCCAUUAAACAUAUUGCAACGUCCCUGUUUGCCCAGCUGUAAAAGAGUAAUAGUAUUUGCCUCUUAGAAGUGUGUUUGACAUUUAGGUACUGUUCACAAAGGGCAUUUUGAUCCUUCAGAGUUUUGGAGAGCUGUGAGUUUCCCUUUUGUUUGGAUAGGACUACUAUCUGGAGUAGUCUCCAGACUACUGUCUGGAGAGUAUGGUAACUUUAUGAUACUAGCUUUAAGUAAUACUGCUUAUCCUGAAGAAAUACAACAUUUUUGUGCUGUUCAGCUGCCCAAGUACAAGGAAGGCAUCUGGAGUGGUAUCUCGUCACACAGCUUUAGAUAUCUACAGCUAAAUUUGUUCCUCUGGGCCACAUUCGUGGCUGAAGAGAAACAAGAAACAGUCGUUCCUAGGUCACUGCUCAUCUGGCCUUGAAGUGAAAGAAUAAAGCAGGGCUGACCGCCUCAGCUGAAGACAUCCACACUGUCAGUGUCUGAAUUAAGUGACCUGACUUCAGCUCUUCCUGUUUGGAAAUUGGAGAUGACUUACACCUGCUUGGCAGCUAUUUUCUUUCUGCUUCACAUUUUCCAGAGCUUACAGUUGGUGGUAGUGACGGGUCAACCCCAGACUGCUUAUCUUACACAAACCAGCAGAUCCAAUGUUGUCCACAGCACACAGAACGCUCCAGAUUGACGUUUCAAGACUCAGCUUGGUUUGGCCCUUGUGUCUUUGCGACUGUGUGAAAACACCUGUCAUUGGGCCUUUUGCUGUAGAUGCUUUGACAAAAUAGUAAAGUAUUCUUGAGGUCAGGGCACCUAAGUAAAACCCUUUGCACUAUUGUCAGGAGCUAGAGGACAGAGUGGCUGCUUCCAGCAUUGCUUGUUCAUUUGCAAGAUUUCAGGUGUGCUAAAAAUGAAAACCUGCUCUUCUGCAAGGCUUUGGUUAAGCCUCCUGACGUGCUUCUGUACUUACUUUUAAUUGGUUUUGUAUUUCACAUCACUUUUCCACACCCAUUUCACCCUGUAACACACACUGCAAUAAACUAAGCCUGACUGCUUCAAAUAUAUUCAAAUACAGUGGAAAUUCACCCUCCAUUGAUUCAGCAGUGUCGUUGCCGUGUAAGAGAGAGGCGGCAUUGAUUUUCCUUAGAGUGCAUGCUUAUGCAGAGAUAAGAAGUGGAUCAGCAUUGCUUGUACAUUUAAAGAAGACAGCAGAGUAAAAUCUAUACCUGCCAUUCCCCCCUUUAUGCCACUGUUCCUUCUGACAUUUGUGUGCUUGACAUUUCCUUUUAUGCAGGUGGAAGCUUUGUCUUCUCGGCGAGUCUUUCCCCUCUAAACAUUUGCUGUCAUUAGAUUUACAGUGAUGUUCAACACGCAUGAAAUAGUGGAAUUUCAGAUCUAGCUCACAAAGUCAGAUACAGACAGUAUGCCUUUUUGGAUGAAUGGAAUGAGAUUUUGUUAGCUGUUAAUGCAGCCCUGAACAGCCAUUGAGGAGUUCAUUAACCACCUAAUCCUCAAAUUUCAAGCCACCAUUAGAUUAUGCAGGGGGUUGGAAUGAAGGUCAGAUCUUGUAGCUAUCUUCUUUUGCUUCAGUCCUCUGCUGGCCUACCUGCCUCACUAGACUGCAGUUCUGUUAGUUCUUUCAUCUCCUCCCUUCUUUUUCCAGAGGUGGGUGGAUGACAAAUUGGAAUGUUGAGUAUUGACCACUUCCAUAUCCGGUAGCAUUGAUGCCGGAGUGAUUUAUUUUGCCAUGAUUGAAAUUGGUGGGAACUUUGAUAUCAAUUUGGAGAGCAAGAUCUGUGAAUUACUUGGCUUUUGAAGUGUUUUGCAUGGGAAUCAGACCGGAUUGCAGUUGAGAGAGCUCUAUUCCUUUUUCCCUCCAGCAAUACCUUUUUUACUCCUUUUGAAGAGUUCUGCCUGGUGUCCAACAGCGAACUUGCACAGUAUAAACGGCAGUGUGACAACUUGAGCAUGCAGCUGUAUGUCAGGCCGUGUGCUACCUAGUGAUUUAAUUCUGAGGCCACCCAUACUCAUUUGAAUAUGCAUAAUGCUGUGUAGAAAAAAAGAGAUGUUUCCUGCAUAGCAAUUUACCAUUUACAAAGAGAAUAGGAAAAUAAGAUUAGUGUAGGUGAGGCCAGUCUAAUUAUGUGCUCAAUAUAUGUUCUUGUGUGAAGGAUGUUUUACUUAACAUGUUUUUGUAUGUGUGUGUGAAUUACAUAUGUAACUUUGCUUGUGUUUAUAUGGAAGAAAGUUGCUUGGAUCUGUUUCAGGUUGUUUGUUUUUUUUCCCUCUUGCUCUCCUGGAGAGAGUAUCUUUGUGAUUUCUAAUAAAAUAAAUAAAAAGAGAAACAAAAA